CUUGCACAUGCUUUGACCAAAUCACCACAAACAUGCAAACAAAUAGCAAAAGAGACGAAUUAUCAGAAUUAAACUUAAAACUAAGAUCAUAAUGUGUUUAUUUCUAUGGAAAAAGGAUAAUUAAAAGAGAAAAUUAAGUCACAUAUUAAAGAUCAAACAUAAAUAACUUGGACAUAAACAUUAUUAUAUAAAUUAAUUAACUAUGCAAAUAUUAUAUUUAGUGUUAAAGGAUAUAGCUUAGCAGUUGGAAUUAAACUAUGUAAAACAGGAUAUAAUACUUUACAAGAGGAUUAAUUAUCUGUCAAGAAACAUGCAGAAUCCAUGACACACACUGAAUUAACACUUUACAUUCACAAGUACUUGACCAUUUAGAUAGACCUUAUUGGACAUUUUCUUGGACUCAGUAUCGGCAGCUGCUAAAUGAACACUUACCAAAUUGUUGUUGUUAUUAAAUACACGCAUUGUGUUAUUUGAGACUUGGAAAUUAAGACUGGUCAGUUCAAGUGUUUGAAGAACAUUUUAAGACGCAUUUGGGAUACAGUCUUUGUAUUCUACAAGAAUAGGAUUUAGUCUGUGUAAUGGAAGACAAGAAUUGACUCUAGGAUCUUAAGGUCUCAAGUGUUUACUGUUUGGGGACAACUAACCCAAGAGAAUCUCAAGUAUUCCUGGUAAAUAGAGAUACCUCUGAAUUGCUAAGCUGGAUAUAUCACUCUAGAGUGGGACAGUGACAUAUACAGACAUGCAGAAACCAUUGUGGGAUCCACUGCAAGUAUUAUCCUUUGGAAUACCAACGUGUAAGAUAAAGUGAGAUUAAUCAGAAUGUGCAGAAACCAAAUAGGUAUUUUGAUAAGAUAUACAACAGUUGCCAAGUUAAAUGAAACUUAAUUGUAUCAGAACGUAGCUGCUGUAGCUAUAUGCAAUAAUACAUUAUCAAUACCCGGAUACCACAGACAUUUCUAUACUUAAUUAAAAUACAACUUUUGCAAUAUUUAAACAAAAGAUGACUCAUCACCAUGGAUAUUAAUUUUUUUGUUCCACCUGGAUAUUUACAAUUCCUUGACCUCAGUUAUAGUAGUGCCAUCUUGAUGGAUGAUACACCUCUGCCAACAAAUUUAUGUAACAGAAAUGCAGAUAUAUUAAUGCAGCGUAAACAUAAACCUGCACUUGAUCGCAAUGUAAAUGUGAAUAGAAAAAGCAGCAGCGUAACAGCUGUACAGAGUUGUUGUAUUGAUAGUCAUAGUAUUGGAAAUAAUAGAUUUAUUUAUACACAAGCAAAUCAUCAUCAUGUGAUAUCUAGGGAUACGUGUAAUAAAAGAUAUACAGAUGAUAACAGUACCAUAUUUGACACUCAUAAAAAUGAUUCUAUUGAUGUUUCAAAUGUGGACAUUAUUCAGGAUAUUAUCAGUAAGGUUGAAAUAUCUGGAAAUGAAUGCGUCACUAUGGGAGGAUCCUUGUCAAAACAUAUGGUGAAUAAUGAAUUGGUGAAUCAUAAGAAAAACUCUUUGAUAAACAAUGAAGAUAUGCAAUCAUGGAGUGAGGAUAGGAUGGAAAGAUCAGAAACGAACAUAGACAAUCAUGAAAAUAAGGAUUUCAAUAGAAACAAUGACAUGAGUGAUACAUUAUUGCACGACUGUUCAUCUUUUGAGAUUCAAAGUACUCCAGUCAAAGAAUUUCAGACACUUAAAACAACUCAUGACAAUAGUAGAUGUAUGAUGCGUACUGUGUUUGUCUCAAGUUUGGAGGCUGACAUAGCGGAGGGCGACAUAUGUCGGUGUAAACUGGAGUCUAUCAUUUGCAAUGGUGAUUGUGAAAAUGACAAUAACAUUAUUACAAUGAGUGAUCAUGAUGAUGAAGAUGUUUUCUCAAGCUGUUUAUCUAUAAAUAAAUCACUGUAUAGUCCAAACACAACACAAUAUAAAAGUCUUGACAAUACUGUUGAAAGUGAAUCAGAUAAUGAUGACGACAUAGACAAGGAUUUAAAAUUUGUCUCAACUGAUUCUCUACAUAUUGAAAAUUAUCAUGACUUCAUCAAUAUUGUUGAUGACAUCAUGGAUGAGACUGAUUGUGAACCAGAAUGGGAUGCAUAUGAUACAGUCAUCAACGAUGAUGAUGAAAGUAGAGAGAUUGAAUGUUCCGUUAAUUCAAUUUUAUCAAAUACUGGUCCUACAAGACCUUAUAGUUUUGGUUAUUAUAGCGAUUCAGAAAUCAAUGAUGAUAUACCAUGCGUUGAUAAUGUCCUGGAAACAGAACCAAAAGAACUUUCUUUCAAUGAUCAUAGCGCUCCCAAUUCUGAAAUAUCUGAUACAGAAUCAUGGACAGAGUUUGGUUCAAAUGUUGAUUCACCUAUGUAUAUUCAUGCUGUGAAAUCUAGUGCCAUAGAAAAAAGGAAAUCCAGUGCAAUAAAAACAAGGUUAUCUAGUUGUUCAAGGCACUCAAGCACUUCAGUUGACCCAGAUCCGGCAACUGACACAAGUUUGGACAGAUGGUCUGAUGCUGAAGAGGUAUUUGACAAUACUUUCUAUCAUUCUUUUGCUGAUGGAUCUAUUGUGAAUACUGAUUGUGAAUUAUCGUGUACUGAAGAAGAUAAUGAUAAGGGUGAGGAUAAAUCAAAAAUGGUGCAUCAGCCGUUUGCCAGAAAUGCAGUAAUACAAGUACUUACUGAGAAAAUUGAUGAUGAAAUAGCAUUGAAGUAUAACCAAGAUGGCAUUGAAUCUGUAUUUCUUGAACAUUAUGAUGACUUUGUGAAUAUUGUCAUGCCACAUGAAAAGAUUGUAGAGGAAAAAGAGGUUUGGGAUGAUUUUGUGCCAGGGUGGCAAGGCAAUGGCUUGUGGUUGGAUUAACAGUAACCCUUAUUCUAAACAAUGUAUAUUGCCACAGUGUAAUGUAAAUUGCAAGCUUGGUAUAAGCUUUUUGUUAAAUAUUUCUACUUGUAUAAUGCAUUUAGAUGUGAAGCACAUUCACGCUGAGUGUUUUGACACAGGAUUAAUGUUAUUGUCUAGAUUUAGUUAACUAAUGGUUUAUAGGGACCUGGGUUAUUUUGUGUUUCUUUCAUGUUGCCUAUUGAGUUUCUAUUUACUUAUACUUUAUAUCAUUUAUUUAUAAAGUGUUCCCAACUAGCAGUUUCUGUAUUAGUCUUGUUAUCCCUUGUGCAGUUCAAGAGACACAGUGCAAGUCUAUCUCUACAUUCCAAUUAUUCUUGAUGCAGAGAAUCACCUAAAGGUUGUGUUUUUGAUAAAUCUCCUAUUAUGAAAGUCAAUACAAUUCUUACAUUUCGAUUUUUAAACAAUAUUUUUCUUAUUGUUGCAAUUGUAAGAAUGAUUAGGCUAUAAUUGUGGGAUUUAUUGACCCAAUGAACGAUGUUCUGUUGGGAUAUACUUAAGCUGUCCGUCCGUCUAUCCGUCCAUCUGGCCAUUCCUCCGUCAGUCCGUCAGUCAGUCAGUGUAUAAUUUUCUAUUAAAACCACUUUGAUUUUUAGUUAUUUACCUUUAUUCAAUUUUCUAGGAUUUUCAGGUCUUGUGAAAAAGGUCGAGCUAAUUUAUUAAUCAAAACAAAUAGAAAUACUUUGCCAGCUGUUUCUAUCUUAUGAAUAGUAUUCUAGCCUUACCAACACAUAUGCUGCCAUCUAUUUAUCCAUUUACAUAUAGCAAGUGUUGCAUUAUGAAUUUGUUUGCUAUGAUAAUUAUCAACUGGAAAUUGGUAUUUUAAAAAGCUUUCAGAAUUGAUUUUUAGUUGAGAUAUUGAUUUUUCUACAAGAUGCCACAUAUUUUAUGAGUCAUCUGAGAGCAAGAUUUAUUGCAGUUUUUUCUUUUGUAAUACAUUUAAUACCUGAUGUCUGAUAAUGAAUGUAUUGUGGGACCCCUAAUGUGUAGUGCUCAUUUUUAAGUUAAGUCCUAAUAAAGUUUAAGUUUAAAAUAUGUCAUAAUGUAUAAUAAUUCAAGAUAUUGGAAAUUAAGAUGACAGAUUUUCUUGAAUUUUUACUUUUUAGACAGAUUUACAAUCUGGAGUCUAUUAAGAAUAACUAGACAUUAUGGAGACUCUGUAGGCCAUAGGCAUUUAUGACCUUUUGAAGGUUGCAAAUAUUCUUGAGAUGCUAAAAUGUUGAAGUGACAUAUUAGAUAUGUCAUUUUAUUCUUGAAAUAGUGUGUCCUUUGUUCAGUCUUUAUAUUGGUGUUAAAAAGAUAAUGUUUUUUCACUGUAUAGUGGAAUAUUUGACGAUAAAAAAAACUUAACCACUUUUUUAAAAAAGUUCUUUUUUUUAAAUAUCCAAAAUAACUUAUUUUUCAAAAAUCUCUAAAAUAACUUUUAAAUUUGUGACAAAUAGGAAAUGUUGAUAAAAACAUAUUGGAACUUUAAAGGAAUGUACAUACUGACAUUAAGUCAAAAUAUUGAUUGGAGUAUAAUAUUCAUCUGGAGUCUUAAUGAUUACACUGGUGAUCCACUCUAUUACGCUGAUUACCGAAACGGAACAAAAUUUCAGAACCUUUGAAGGUGCGAUUUUUCUUUUUUCCUUAUUCCAUGCGCUAAAGGCAAAAUUCCCAUGACAUUUUUAUAACAAACACGUGUCAGAAUCAUAUGUCUAAGAAAGUGUACAUGUUUGCGAACAAAUAGAACAGAAGACCACAGAAUCUUCAUUUUAAUACCUCACUUAAUUUACAUAAACGGAACUUCGAAAAACCGUUAAGAUCUGCAUUUCUAACCAAUUCUGUUUACGUAACUUAAGUGAGGUAUUAGAUUGACGAUGCUAUUGUCCUCUUAACUAUUUGUUCACAAACAUGUACAUACAUAUGAUACUGACACACGUUUGUGAUAAAAAUGUCGUGAGAAUUCUGCCUACAAUGCGUGAAAUAAGGAAAAAAAGAAAAAUCUUAACUUCGAGGUUCCGACAUUUUGUUAGCGAAACGGUUCGUAAUAGUGUAAUCAAGUGGAUCACCAGUGAAUUAGUCAUAUAAAUUAUUUUUAUAUAGACAUCCUGUAUAUACUGUAGCAAUUUUUGUAAGUCUAUUGUACCAUUAUGUUUAUAACAUCUUUGGUGUAAUUAUUUUCAUAGUUUUACAUAUAACUGAUGACUGUAUUAUUUACUGUAGACAAAAAAACAUCUAAAAAACUAUACGUAAAUUUCAAAAUCUAAUGACUUUUUUACCAGAAUCUGCAGAUUUUGCAUGAGAGUGCUGUUUGAUUACUACCUGUGUUCUUGUUUGAUUGAUUGAAAGGAGAUAUUGGAACAUAAAACUGUUACCUUUGUCUUUAUCAAGUAUUACAUACCUAUGGAAGUAUUUGUAUGGAAGUCAAUGGGAAAGUAAGUGGGCUAUAUCUACCAAUAUUGCCGGCUUUCUUUAUCAUCUUGACUAACUGGAGAAACAAGAUUCCUAGUCACCUCAGAAUUGACCUUGGAACACAAAGUGACAAGAUAAUCCAUCACCAAAUUUUUCAUUAAGAUUGCUCUUAUUUGAACAAUUUUUAUCCAAUUUACACAAAAAUUGUUUUCAAAUGUGUAGAAAUGAUCAAUGCCGUCUAAUUUACUAAAUUGAGCAUCACCUGUUGUAUAGAUAUGUAGUAAAAUGUCAAAAGCUUGCAAAAAUUCCCUGGUUUCAACUGAUUUUGAAUCCUGUGAUUCAAGAGGUUCAUAACCAUGACAAUAUCAUAACGUCAUGCUUAAUUUCAAUCAAACUCUACUCGCAACUACAGAUGUGUGACGUCAUUGAUACAAAGUAGCCAUGGGAAUAAAGUAUAAUGUAAUAUAUCAGUUGCGUCACUAUUACGUGAAAUAUGUCGAUAGUUCUUGCCCAAAUACCACGGACCGUCUUUGCAAAUACAGAGCCUCCCAAGGACAGACUAUAUUGGCAGAACUGAGGCAUAUUUCAUAUAGAAGUGACAUAACCUCAAAAUACUAUAACAAAGUAAUAUGUAUUUUUGUGAAUUAUACGGUGUAAACAGAUAGAACAAUAAAUUCCACAAAAAACUUAAAUACCUGUUUUUGAUGAUGUUCUAAUAUUACAAUGGCCAGAUAAAGAUGAUUGUGCCAGACUAACUUAAAAAUAUGAAUUAUU